GCGCGCCUGCGAGACGACGGUCCCCGCCCUGACACCCCUCCCGUUGCCGCCUGUGGCCGCGCCAGCCAGCAUCGUCGUCAUGCUGCUUGUACGCACGUGCAUCGCCGCCUCCACGGCCGUCAUGCCAUGACCUCUGCAGCGCUUCAGACGCACGUGCAUCGCCGCCUCCUGUCGCUUAUCCUCCUUUGUCACUUUCUUCUUCUCAGUCCCCGCUAUGAAUUUCUUCUACCUCUAGUUGUCUGCGAAGACUGUUUUUUUUGCUGUGAUGUCGCAGCCAACACAGCGGGGUGGGAGGGGGAGGCACAGCUCCAUCCCGGACGAGGAUGACGAGUUCCGUGAGCAGCCAGAGGCUAGACAGUUAGACCUACAGAAGAAGCAUGCGGUUUGGCGAUAUGUGCGUCAAGGGCAAGAGGUGGGGAUCCGUGGGAAGGGUCAGUAUAAGAUGAAGUGCACGUUGUGCUCCGAGAUCUUUCCCGGGGCGAGGACGGUGGCAGAGAAGCAUUUCACCCGACCUCUAGCUCAUUGCAGAUUUCGUACAGGGGAGAUCCUGUACAGGUUGAUGAGGGAUCGGGUGACCAUUGUUGACCCGGUGGCGAGAAGGACGGCAGAGAGGUUCAGGGAGGAGCAUGGGGAGGAGAUGGAGAGGGAGGAUCUAAGGAGGGCUUGCGAGGUUAGAGCGCCAGCAGGUGGAUUGUUUGGUGUAGGUACUUCUGGUGGUGGACUGGAUGACAUUGGGGGCUCAGGCGAUGAGGAGGCUGGCGGUCAGGUUUUGGAGGAUGAGAUCAAUCGCUUGCAUGAGGGCUUGAGGGGGGUUCAGACACAGCCUCUUCGAGGAGGGGAUGGGGGGGGGGGACGGCACGAGGGAGGGUUGACGGUCAAUGAGCCUGGUGUCGUUGUGCCCCAUAACCGUGUAUUGCUGCAGAUGAAGCUAGACAACUGGGUUGUGGGUGGCUUGCAGCAGCAGUACGGGAGGUUGUGGGCAAUGGCCCUGUUCAGGGCUGGGGUGCCUUUUUCUUUCGUGCGUCUAGAAACAACGGAGGAGCUGCACAAGUUUAUUGUUUCACUGAUGCGACCGACGUUGGGGCCAGAGCUUCGUUUGCCUGCAUACAAUGACUUGCGCACACGGCUUCUCGAUCUUGUGUACCACGAGAUGUCGGAAGUCGUGCUGCCUAAGAAGGCAAAGUGGAAGAUCACAGGCUGUACGAUGUUGACGGGCGGGGCGACAACGAGGAAGUAUACCCCCAUCGUGAACUUCAUCGCGGCUGGAGAGGAUGGUCCCGUCCUUAUCCAGACAUACGACAUGUCUUAUAGGGAGAAGACAGGAGUUGCGCUUGCAUUGCUGUGGGAGGAGGUUCUAAGGGAUAUUGGGUUGGAGCAUGUCAAUGCUAUGUGCACUGAUAAUGCUUACGCCAAUCAGGUGGCUGAGCAGUGCUUGCAGGGUCAUCCUGAGACCAUCAUAUCACGCAUCCCAUGGGUCCCUUGUGCUGCACACUGCUUGUCGCUCUUGUUGCGGGACAUCACGGAGCUGGGUUGGGUGUCCCUUGUCCUGACGAAUGCACAUACAAUUGUGACGUUCUUUAGGACCCACCAAAAGCCGUUGAAGUAUCAUCGCAAGUUCAAGGACAAGAAGAAGGGGAUGAAGGAGCUGAUCAAACCAUAGGAUGAGGUGGAUGUUCGGCAACUGAUCCUGUCGAGUGUAUUCUGGGCAGAAAUGGAGAGUGUGAAGGAAGUCGUGAAGGCGGCCUAUAACCUCCUCCGCGACAUGGACCACGACGGCUCGUCACCACCCGAUCUUUGGGGGCUAGGGGACACUCUGAGACCACAGAUGCAUAAGGCAAAGCUCUCAGAGGAGGACCAGCAGGAGAUUCUGGAGAGAGUUCACUUGCGUUGCGGCAUGAUGCGGCAGCCCGCGCAUGCGCUUGCAUACCUGGUCAACCCUCGACGGCGCGACAUCACUCUCUUGUCUGACAGGGAGGGUCCCCUUGUCCAGAGUGCACUAGACCAUAUGGUGAGAUACUGCGAUGAGGGAGCACACUCAGAGGAGCAUUACAAGAUGUGGAAUGGGCUAUACUUAUUCCACCACGAUGACCUGUCAGAGAAACCCAGGCCGACUUGGUGGAAUGAUCGGGCAAUGAGGGAUGCGAAGUCGAUACACUCAGCGUACUGGUGGUACCUCCAUGGGACCCUCUUCCCGGCACUGAAGGCGGUUGCGAUUAAGGUAUUGGGUAUGUGGUCCACCGCCUCUCCUUGCGAGAGGAACUGGGCCUCUCAUGACUUCAUUCACACGAAGAGGCGUAACAACCUCUCUAGUGAGAGUCUGCGGAAGCUCGUGUUCAUCCAUUGGAACAUGCAGCUUCUGCGCGCAUCAACGGGUCCUCGAAAGAGGUUUGUCGAUGUGUGGGAGGAUUUGAGGGAUGAGCAGCCGCUUGAGGAGCAGGAGGGGAUUGCUGACGAGGUCUACCCUGACAACAUGACCAUUGUGGAGGAGGUGGCAGCUGCCGAGCGCAGACGCCACAAGGAUGGCAGAGAUCGUGCUAGCAGCCACUUGCUGCGGGCAGAGCGGGAGUAUGAUGAGGUGGCAGUGUGGGAGGAGUUGCAAGAUGAUGGCCUUUGGGAGAGGUAUGACACCCUCGACAUGGAUGACGACUUGGACGGCUACUACCUACAUGGCACCAGACACACCUUCGCCACUGCCAUGGACAUAAGGGCAAGUCAGCGAGAGGAGGAUGUACGUGAGACGAGCAGGGGAGGAGGGGAGAGAGAGAGAGAGGGAGGGGAGUCAGGGGACUCUGGAUUUGCACCGACGAGAUUUGAUGGAGAGGCUGGUCCUAGUGCAGGUGCGAGCGGGGAAGACCCUCCCGUGUUUGGCAUGCCACAUUGCGAGUCGGGCCGGUCAUCGCCACAUCAUCAGGGAGAUUCUGCUCGUCAGCCUAUGGAGGACACACUUGCGGGAGGGGAGUCGAUGGAAGCAUGCCAAGAUGAUAGAUUGCAUGAGGGCGUGGGCCCCUCCCCAACGACACAUUUGACUGCAGUACCGUCCUCCGCACCACCAUCCUCUGCAACACCUUCCCCCGCAGCACAAUCGACAGCACCACCCUCGGCUGCAGCGCAGUCCACUGCAAUGUCGUGCACCCCAGUGCUGUCCUCUGCUGUGCCCUCUUCACAUGGCGUCGAUGAUGUUGCCUCGCACGGCGCAACGGCAGGUGCUGACACCUGUGUAGCGCAACAGGACUUCUAUGCUGCGCCACCUAUGCCAGCCUUGCAUGGGCGAGGCAUUAUGAGAGGACCAGGCAUCUCCAUCCCUCCUGUGCCUCCACGACAAGUCCCUCCUCUUGUGGAGAAGGUGCUUCCCCCUCUCGCACGCCCUGCGGGACCUGCGCCCCUUGGUACCAGCCGUCAAGCAGUGCCUGCUAUUGGUACGGGUGCAUUUUGUCCACCUCAUUCGGGACCAGUGACGUCAGCCGGUGUUCCUCCACUUCCUGCCCGAGUGUCUUCCGCGAUUGUCGACAACACGGCGACCAGGGGUGCAAAGAAGAGGAAGACACCUGAUGCUCGUGGGGGACGUGAAGUUGCACAUGUGAGAGGGAGCACAGGCAGACCACGCGGGCGUCCUCCGGGGAGCCGUGGCAGGGGUAGAGGUAGACGGGAUGUGGCAGAGGCUGUGGGGAGGUUGUUGGGCGAGGUGGGCGUCGUCGGAGGCGGUGCACCGACACCCAUCUCGGUAGAUGGAGUCAGGACUCGUUCCUAGGCAAGGCAGAAGAAGAGGCCUCAAGUUCAUGAUCCGCGAGUUUUGGACGAUGAUGACGAAAGCGACGAGGCAUCCAUCAGCGAGUACGAGGCCCCGGAACACUGUUCUGAUGAUGAUGAAGACGACGACGAUGACGGGCCUGAGGAGCGUGGAGUCGGGGACGAUGAUGAUGUGAGAGGGAGAGAGAGAGAAAGAGAGAGAGAGAGAGAGAGAGAGAGAGAGAGAGAGAGAGAGAGAGAGGUACUCCAUGGGCGGUUCUACUUGCUUGACAUUUCACUGACUUCACGGUGAAUGUGGCAUGCAUUGAUGAAAUUGUAUGACCUUCUUCAGCUCGUUUGCAAUGGAUAGCUUGUUUUUUUUUUUGUGUAUGUGUGUGCGUGUGUGUGUGACACUUUGUGUGUGUCAGUCAGUCAGUCAGUCCAUAUACUCAAUUGAUCAGUCAAUCAUUCAAUCAAUCACUUUGUGUCAG